UUUAAUUCUUCUACUCCCACUAUUUCUGAAAAGGGGAAGUGUGUUAAUUUUGGCCAAAAAAUGCCAAUUCAGGCUGAUUCCAUCGUUACGGAAUCCAAUUUACGCUUCUACUACAAAAACUUUUGCCCUAUUAAGGACUUGGUAAGAUGGAUAAGUUACGAAGACCCUACCAUAUUAAGGAGAAGAGAGAUCUCACUUACUCUUCACAAAGGGGACACUACUGAUGCUGCUGAAAUUUACCUGAGAUGGCAAACUUUUGAAAGUUUUGAAAACGGCUUUGAGACUCUUUGUAACUCCGAUUCUGUACCGUUUAAAUUCGAUAUUGGUGCUAUAUAUAGCAAAAAGAUAUCACUGAUGCAGUUGAGUGGUGAUUUUAGACCAGUAGAGCGUGAGAUAGUGUUUGACAUAGACAUGGACGACUAUGACGAGUUUCGAACAUGUUGUUCUGAAAAGAAGGUGUGUAACAAGUGCUGGAGGUAUAUUAAGAUCGCAGUAGAGUUGAUUACGAAGACUCUGAAGGAGGACUUUGGGUUUGUUGAUAUUCUCUGGGUAUACUCAGGAAGGCGUGGGAUCCAUUGCUGGGUGUGUGAUAGAGCGGCCAGACAAUUACCUGCCGAGGGAAGAAUCUCAAUCAUCGAGUAUCUAAACCUAAUCUCAGACGGCUUCGCCAAGAAAGUUAACCUCUAUGCCGUAGACAAACAUCCUCUAGUUCUCAGAGCCUUUCACAUUUGUUACCGUAACUUCAAUCACCUUCUCUCAGAACAAAAUUUUUUCUAUCACAAACAUCACAUUAAAUCACUACUGGACUAUGUACCAGAAAAAUACUCCAACGUUAGAAAAUCUCUAAAUAACUGUCUCGAAAACUCUCAAAAAAGGUAUAGUUCAGUGGAUUUUUUUAACAGUAUUUGUGACAUGUUGAAUUUGGUACGACCCGAGGAUUACAUUGGGAAGGUGGAAUCUGGCGAUUUCCCUGGCUUUUUCAUGGAGAUUGUUAUUGCGUUCUCUUACCCGAGACUUGAUGUUAAUGUCACCAAAGAUAUGGGACAUUUGCUAAAGUCGCCCUUCUGUGUACACGCUAAAACUGGGAGGAUAUGUGUGCCUUUGGACCAUGAAAAUUUGGAUAAGUUCAAUCCAGAAUCUGUUCCAACCAUAGAGAGUUUGAUUAAUCAUUAUAAUGAGGGAGGAGAUGUGAAUAACUCGCCAAUAUCGCAGAAUCUGUUGUAUUUCCGGGAAAAAUUUCUUAGUAAGUGUUUGUCAAACCUAAAGAAGGGGAAGGUAAAUGGUGUCGAAUUCUAG